AUGAGCAAGGAAGGCGUGCACAACCUCACCUCCAAGGCCGACUGGGAGCAAGUCCUCGAGACCAAGGACACGCUGCUUGUGCUCGACUGCUUCGCUACGUGGUGCGGACCCUGCAAGAUGAUUGCGCCGCAGGUCGUCAAGUACGCGAUGCCAUCGCCCGUUUCACCAAUUCAUAUAUCUGACAGAAUCAGGCUCUCCGACACCUACCCCCAAGCGCGCUUCCUCAAGAUCGACGUCGAUGAGGUCCCCGACGUCGCCCAGGAGCUCGGCAUCCGCGCCAUGCCGACCUUCCUGCUCUUCGCGAACAAGGAGAAGGUUGGAGAGGUCGUCGGUGCCAACCUCAAGGCCCUCGAGGCCGCCAUCAAGUCCGGACUCGAGAAGACCAGCGCAUAG